UCCAGAAGUGCGUAGCACUUGCCGUGUACAUUAAUCCCAAAUGAUCCUGUCAUUUUUGUUCCUCUUCGCAUCGUCUGUCCAACAACAUGGAUCUCACGCCGAGUCAAGUCUCAGCAGCAAGUUUCACCAUACAGCUAUGAAAGAACAAAACGUAGUGCACAAUUCCAAGCAUGAGAAAGUCAUCACAGUGACCACAGAUGGAACAGUGCACAGUCCGGACUUCCCUCACACCUACCCCCGCAACAGACUGCUCGUCUGGAGGCUGGUUGCCAUGAACGAGAAUGCUCGGAUACAGUUAACGUUUGACGACAGGUUUGGGCUGGAGGAUCCGGAAGACGGAAUAUGCAAGUAUGACUUUGUAGAGAUCGAAGAGCCGGAUGAGAGCACUGUUCUGGGUCGGUGGUGCGGGUCAGAGUCGGUACCAGGAAAGCAGGUGUCAAAGGGGAACCAGAUUAGGAUACGAUUCAAGUCAGACCAGUACUUUCCUUCAAAGCCAGGAUUCUGCAUCCACUACUCCCUGCUGCCAGUGCACGUUCCUGUAUCCCCUACCCCCUCUGUCCUGCCCCUCACCCUGCAGACCAUAGAAGUGCUUACUGACACAGUCGCUGGGCUCAACACGGUAGAGGAGGUCAUGAAAUAUCUGGAACCAGAGCGAUGGCAGCUGGACAUGGAGGAACUGUACAAGCCAACUUGGCAGGUCCUUGGGAAGUCCUUUGUGCAUCCCAAGAAAUCCAGAGGGGUGGUGGAUCUUAACCAGUUGAGGGAGGACGUCAGGCUGUACAGCUGCACCCCUCGAAACUUCUCCGUGUCCCUCCGAGAGGAGCUUAAGCGCACUGACACAAUCUAUUGGCCCAGCUGCCUCCUGGUGCAGCGCUGUGGAGGGAACUGUGUCUGCUGCACCCAUCACUGUUAUGACUGUCAGUGUGUACCCACCAAAGUCACCAAGAAACUUCAUGAGGUUCUCCUACUAAGACACAGAGGUGGAGGAAGAGGGAUACUGAAAUCUCUGACGGAUGUAGCCCUGGAGCACCAUGAGGAAUGUGACUGCAUGUGCAAGACCGAUUCUGAAGGUUAA